CUGCUUAUACUUAUCCGGCCGCGAAAGCGGAGGGGCCGAGGGAUCGGAAUCGGUUCCAAUUUGGAUUGGGACGCCCUAGCCGUCUUGUCUCCGGCCUUGUUGUUGGCGAGCGAUUCGAGGGGAUUUGAGAAGAUGGUGGACGUUUCUAGGGUUCAGAAGGAGCUGGUGGAGUGCAACCGUGAUAAGGCCAUCUCCGGCGUCUGCAUCUCCCUCGCCGACGGCGGCACCGACCUAUCGCAUCUCCGUGGCACCAUCUUUGGCCCCGUCGACACCCCCUACGAGGGCGGCAUCUUUGCCAUCGAUAUCCGAUUAACCAGCGGCUAUCCCUUUGAGCCUCCCAAAAUGCAAUUCAUUACAAAAGUUUGGCACCCAAAUAUUAGUAGUCAAAAUGGAGCCAUAUGCUUGGACAUUCUCAAGGAUCAGUGGAGUCCCGCCCUCACAUUGAAGACUGCCUUACUAUCAUUGCAAGCUCUUCUCUCAGCGCCUGCUCCUGAUGACCCUCAAGAUGCUGUUGUUGCCAAGCAGUAUCUGGAUGAGUACCACACAUUUGUGUCUACAGCUCGGUAUUGGACAGAGGCAUUUGCUAAAGGGUCAUCUGUCAGCAUUGAAGAAAAGGUCCAGAAGUUAGUCGACAUGGGUUUUCCGGAGGACCUUGUGAGGAGCACGCUGAAGAGCGUCAACAACGACGAGAACCUGGCUCUCGAGAAGCUCUGCUCUUGAAAGGCUCUGUUCUUAUCAAACCAUGCAUCAAAAGUGGGUAAACCUUUUACUCGACACAACUCUAUUCAUCUUAGAUUGUCUGUACGAGCACGAUACGAAAGUGAUUAGAUUGGUGAAUGCCUCUUUUAUCGACUGAUGAUAUAGUAGUAUGAGCGCUUUGAAGCGGAUGCUAACUGUUUUCGGUUCAUUUGAAACUUGAAUACACAGGGUUUGGUUGAAUCAUUAACAAAGUUUCCCAUUUUUUUCCCGUUA